AUGAUAUAUUUUGAUAUACCCUCAAAAAAUAAUCUUUCAUAUGAAUAUUACGAUACACAAUCAUUAAUUGAUAACAAGAGGAUACAUUCAUUUUUGAAUAAUUCAUGUGCAUUUUAUAGUUUUCAAAAUAAAGAAAAAUGCAAACAAGAACAAUUUGAAGAAUAUUUGAAUUUUUUACAGGAAAAGAGUAAUAUUUACAACAACAAUAAUAAACAAAUUGAAAGAAAUGAAAACGUUUAUAAUAUAAUAAAAAAUAAAAUACAACAUAAAAAAAAGGAAAACUACAAUAUAUCCACUUAUAACGAUUUUGUUCAUGAGGAAAACUUACAAGACAAACAAAAAAGACCAUAUACACAUAAUGAAUAUUAUAUGGAUCAUACCUGUAAUAAGCAAUAUUUAAAUUAUAAGUAUCAUAAACAUAACAUACAUGAUAUUAAUAAUAAUCAUUAUAUAAAACAUAAAGAUAAUUUACUUGACACACAUUAUACAUUCAAUAAACACAACAACGAAAAAAUAAAUAUAAAAAAAAAAAUUAAAGCACAUGUGUCUCAACUACAUGUUUUAUCUAAAUUAAUCAAAAUAAAAAAUAUAUUAUAUAAGAUAAAUAUUCUCAAAAAAAAUACGUCCCUACAUAAACAUAAAACAUAUUCCUUUUCUAGAUUCAAAUUUUCUGCAUUACAAAAACAAUAUGAUAAACAAAAAAAAUCAAAAAAAAUAAAAAAACAACAGAAAAAAAAAAACAUAUACAAGAAUAAAAUAGGUAGUUAUACAAUGGAAGUUUUAAAUGUUUUACGAAAUGAAUUACCUUUAUCUAAAGGUGAUUUUUCCAACAGAUAUUGCCAGAAUAAUGAUUAUGAAUAUGCUGUAUUCAACUCGAAUGAAGAAGCACAUUUUUAUUAUACUAAUCAAGAAAAUGCAAACACUGCCAAACAGGAAAAUUACCAGCAUAUGAAAAUAAAAAUUCAAAAAUUUUCAGAUAUGAUACAAGACAAGAAGAAUAAAGCAAAACAUUAUCAAAUUUACAAACCACUUAUAAAUACUUUUGAACAAAAUAUUAAUUAUUUGGAUAAGAAAAAAAUAAAAACAAAAAAAAAAAUGGCAAACGAGAAGUAUAAGAAGAAUGAAAAAUUGUUCAAUAAUUACAUAGGAAAUUAUCAGAAUUGUAUGAUAUUAUAUAAACUUAGCAAAUUUAUAAUACAUAAUAUAUUAAAUAAGAAACUUAUAUAUGAAGAACAAUCGAGAUAUAUAUUACAAACUGAAUUUUUUAAAAUGUUUUUUUUUGUUUAUCUAAAAGAAGUAUAUUAUACCAUUAAAAAAAAAAUGAAUUAUACUAAUGAUUUUUUGUAUAAUUUUAACAAACGGAUUAAUAAUAAUAAUAAUAAUAAUAAUAAUAAUAGUAGUUGUAGUAGUUGUAGUAGUUGUAGUAGUAGUAGUAGUAGUAGUAGUAGUAGUAGUAGUAGUAGUAGUAGUAGUAGUAAUAUAUAUAUUAAAUAUAUGAUAACAUAUAUUUUUCAAAAUAUGUAUCAUGGAAAAAAUGGAUUUAAGAAUAAUACCAACGUGUCCAUAUUAAUAUAUAUAUAUUUUUUUUAUUAUAUAUAUUCUAUGUAUUUAAAAUUUAAAAUAAAUAAUCUUAGCAUUCUUUCUAGCAAUAUAUUUUCGUUUAAUAAGGAUACAUUCAAUAUAUCAGAUAAACUUAUCUUGUUGUCAAAUAGUAUACAUCUCUUAGUACAUAAUAUAUAUAAAAUAUAUAUUGUGAACCAAAUAUGUAAAUAUUUUAUAUAUUUAAAAUUAAACCUAAUAAAUGAAUUAUUGUAUAUAUUUCCUUUUGAUAGUACCAAAAUUCAUUUUCUACCAUGCAAGUAUUAUGAAAAUAGUGAGCUUAUUUCUAUGCAAAAUUUAUAUCAAAUAUUGUUUUGUAUUCACUUGUUCAUAUUAUAUAUAGAAAGUGAAUUAAAAAUGAAGAAAUAUGAUAUUUCAUCAAGAUGUGAUCAUGCUAUAUUAUUAAAAAGAUGUAUAAAUCAUAUAUUAAAGAAUUAUUAUAAUACACUAGAAUAUCACAAUAUAAGAGAAAAAAAUGCGACUAUAAAUAAUAAUAAUAAUAAUAAUAAUAAUAAUAGAUGUAAUAACUAUUUUGUUGACAAAUAUAACAUUUCAUGUCUUAUAUAUAUGAAUAUAUAUACUGAAGAAUCCAUUAUUAUAAAAUACAUUAUAACCAUUUUAUUUUAUAUUCAUUGUGAUUUAUUUUUCAAACAUAUUUCCUAUUUGGAAAAUAUGUACAUUUCAAAAACAAAUAUUUCUUUAUAUUGUUAUAAAGAGAGUCAUCAUAUAUCAUUAUAUAAUUAUAUAAAGAAGAUUAUUUCAUCUAUCUUUUUGUUUUGUUUUAUUUAUUCCGAAUUUGAUAUAUAUCAAAAUGUUAUAUAUUUUCCAAAACAUUUACAGAAUAUUACACCUAUUUUACAUUUUUGUGAUGAAGCAUAUAUAUCAUCAUCUUGCAUUCAAAGUAGUAUAUAUUUUUUUUUAUACAAAUAUAUAUGCUAUCAAUUUUUUAGUAUAUUCAUACAAAAUAUAUUAUAUAAGAUUAUGCCUUCGACCUCUCCAAUAAGACAUGAAGAAAAUGACCAUAUUUUCUAUCUACUGUCAGUAUUAAAAAUAAUGAAAUGUUUUAAUUAUUAUUAUGAUUAUUUUUCGAACAUAUUUAUAAAGGAGAAUAUAAAAAUGAAUUUGAUUCUAAAAGAACGUUUCUUAAUUAUGAAGGAUAUAGAAAACACAAAAAUCUUAAUUACGCCAUUAACUUAUAAUAUUGUGUGUAACAAUAUGUAUAAUUAUGGUCAUAUCAAAAAUGAUGAUUUUAUUGUAUUAUAUAAUAAAUAUACAACAUAUAAUAUAUUACAUUAUAAGGAUCAUAUUAAAUUAUUUUACCCAUCCAAUUUUUAUAUAUUUGUAAAUGAAGAAGACAAUAUAAACAAAACUGAAAAUGCAUUUGUAUCGAAAUAUUUAAAAAUAAAUAAAAAUUCUAUUGAAAAAAAAAAAUUCGAAAAAAAAAAUUCUAUUGUAUGUAAAAUGAAAAAUGAAAUGAAACUUUUGAUUAAUUAUAUUAUAUAUUAUUAUAAUGAAUUCAUUUUUAAUUAUUAUAUAUAUUAUAUUUUACCAUAUGAAAAAAGAAUAUUGUUCUACAAAAAAAAUGAACAAACAAAUAUAAACAUCUAUUAUAAUUACGUUUAUAAAUAUAAAAAUGUAAUAUCACCACAUAUAUUAAAUGUAUGUACAAAGAUAAAGCAUGAUAAGAAUAUAUGUAAAUAUGUUACUAAAAUAUAUUAUAAUAAUAAUAAUAUUAUACCUAUAUAUUCUACAUGUAAUAUACACAAAAUUGAUCUAUCUCAUAGAUAUAUAAAAAUUUAUGAUUGCUUUACUAACCAUAUUAAGCAAACAAACAAGAAUUUUAUGACAAAAAGUAGAAAUCCUAAUAAAUGUGUUACACUAAUUUUGUGUGCUUGUGAACAAAAAAAAGGAUACAAAAAAAAACAAAUUUAUGAAAUUGUUAUUUCAUUCAGGGAUAUAUUUACAAAGAUUUACAAACAAUGGGACAUUAUUAAAAAGAAAGAAAAAGACAUCACGCUAUUUAAUAAUAGUAGUAUGGUAAAUAUAUAUGCUGAAAGGGAUAAUAUGCACGCACAAGUUUCCAAAGAAGGAAGCGAUAAGAAAAAUAAUAAUAGAAAACGUAGCAGUGGAAGUUGUGAUAACAGUAAUAAUAAGAACAAUAAGUGUUACAACAAGAAAAAUAAUAAUAAAAAUAAUAAUAAUAAUAAUAAUAAUAAUAAUUAUUAUUAUUAUUAUAAUAAUAACAAUUAUAAUAAUAAGAACAAUAACAUCAAUAACAACAAUAACAAUAACAACAACAAUAAUAAUAGUAAUAAUAAUAAUAAUAAUAAUAAUAAUCCAAAUGAUGAUAAUAAUGAAGAUGACAAAAACAACAGUAAUAAAAACACAGACAAGAAUAACAAAAAUAAUAAUAUUAAUAAUAAUAAGAAAAGACGAAAAAGAAGAAAUGACGAUGAUCACAAACAAAUAAAUAAAAGAAAUAAAAAUAUUAAUAAAAAAGCUACAACUAGUAAUAUAUAUAAAAAAAAAAUCAACACCAAAAGAAAAAAUAGUCAAAGGGAUAAUAAAUCAAAUAUGAAUAUAAUUAAUAAGGAACAAAAUGUAACAUCCAAGGAAAAUAUCAAUCAUGAUAAUAUUCAUAUGCAAAAGAAUAAAAUAAAUGAAAGAGAUAAUAUAAAAGCAAAUACUCUACAUAAUAAUAUAACUGAACAAAAGAGGGAAAAUAAAACUAUUCAACAAAAAAAAGAAAACAACCCUAAUGAACAAAAAAAAGAAAGUAAUAAUACUAUUCAACAAAAAAAAGAAAAUAAUAAUACUAUUCAACAAAAAAAAGAAAACAACCCUAAUGAACAAAAAAAAGAAAAUAAUAAUACUAUUCAAGAAAAAAACAGUGAAAAUAAUGUUAACAAUUCUAAUCGUAAGGAAAUUUUAGAAGAUAUUUUAUUUUGUUGUAGUGCAUUAAAUGAAUAUUCAGAUUAUAUAAAAACUUUAGAUUAUGAUAUAAAAUUUGGUAAUAUAUAUGUUAAAUUAAAAAAGAAAUUAAGUUCUCAAAAUAAAUGUCAAUUCGAAGUAUAUGAAGCUGAAAUUGUGGCAGUUGAUAAUUUCUGUAAUUUUCUAUAUCCAAAAAAGGAAAAUUUUGAUAACUUUUUUUAUGUUUUAAAAAAAUAUAUUAAUAAUUAUGAUUAUCUAAAAAUCAGUGCAAACAAUUUAGAAGGAUUAAAUACGAAUCCAGAAAAUGCAUAUGCUAACGCAAUUAUAGACAUUGAUGAAAAUAAUAUACAUGAUUUUAUAAGAACUUGUGAGGAUUUAAAUGCUAUUUUUAAAUAUAUCGUCGAUGGCAUUUUGCAGUCUCAAAAUUCUUUUAAUCAAAAUGUACCUUUCCCUACAAAAAAAAAUAAUACAAAUAAUGUAAAUACACAUCAAAAUAUGAUAUCUUUUAAUAUGAAAGAUAAUAAUAUUAAUAUACAAUUUAAUAAUGAAAAUAUAUGUUCUACUUCGAAUGAACAUUUAAAGAAUUGCGACAAAGAUUUGGAAUUAUUGAAAAACAUAAAUCAAAGUGUACAUAUGGAAGAAGAAAAAAGGAAAGAAAUUAAUAAUAUUCAUACUAAUGAUAAUAUCAACAAGAUUAAUUGUAAUAAUAAUAUAGGAAGUGUUGUAAAUAAUAAAAAUAAUGUAAAUGAUAUGUAUAGUUCAAGAAUAGUAAAUAUACAAAAAAAUGUUAUUACCGAUAGUAAUAUAGUAGAAACAAAUUCAUUCAAUAAAGAAAAUAAAUCUAUUAUAAGUACAGAUCAUAAUUUUAUUAAUUCAAAUUUCCAUUAUACAAGUGUAAAAAAAAAUCAUAAUCAAAUCAAUUCCAAUUUGUUAAAUAAUAAAAAUAGUAGUGCAAGUUGUUCUGUUGUAAAAAAAGACCAAAAAAGAGAAAGUUUCAGACCCAAUGAAAGUAUAGGACCUGUCAUGUUAAAAACAACCAAUAGUAGAAUUAUAGAUAAUGACAAAAAGGAAAAAGAUCAUCCUAUCAACAUUUUUAAUAAUAGUACAUAUAAUAAUCUCAACCUUCUUAAUGAUGAUAAUUUUGCCAACCUUCAAAAUGGGCCUUUUAAUUCUAACAUGGUACAUAAUGCACAAAUUAUAAAUCAUGCAGACUUAUCAAAUAAUCACAAUGUAGUCAAUAAUCAAAAUAUAGCAAAUUAUCAAAAUAUAGCAAAUUAUCAAAACUUAUCGAAUAAUCAUAAUAUGUCUUAUAAUAUAAAUAUUACAGAACAAUUAUUUGAUAAUGUUCUAUUUAGCGAAGAUAUAUUAUGCCAACACCUAAUUGAAGCAACAAGAAAAAUUAAUUUUUUAAAAAAUUUUGGUUAUAAAUCCUUGUAUGAUAUUUUGAAAGAUAAAUAUAGACGUUAUCUAUUAGAAAAAAUGAAUAUAGAAUGUACUACUUUAUAUAAUAUUAUUAAACAUAUAACGAAAUAUAAUUAUAUUAAUGAUUCAAUAAAUAACCCAUUUACUAUAUAUCACAGAACUAUUAAUAAUAUAUCAAAUAAUAAAUUUGCUAUCAAAAUAUUGAAUAUUCAUUCAUGUAAUAUAUAUAAAUUAAAAUAUAAAGUACAUAGUUUAUUAUCAGAAGGAAAACAACUCAAAAAUGUUAACACAGAAAUUGCAGAUUAUAUAAAAAAUCAUUAUUUGUUAAGAAAUAGAUAUAAAUUUACUAAAGAUAUAAAAGAAGUAAUUACUUAUAAAAACGAUAUAACCAGUGAGAAAAAGAAUAAUGAGAAUAUCUUUAAAAAUUAUGUCAUUCCAAAUGUUGUACAAAAUAAUAUUCAUAUUAAUAAUAAUAUAAAUCAAAAUGGAUAUAAUAACUCAGAUUAUAACAAUGGUAUGAAAAAUCAUUUUUUCGAAGAAUAUCAGAAGGUACAAAAAAAUUUAGAUAUACCUACAAAUCAAAAAAAUAUUAAUCAUCAUGAUAAGAAUCGUAGCACCGAUAAUUCUCAAAAUAUUAAUAAUAAUAAUAAUAAUAAUAAUAAUAGUAAUAUUCAUAAAAUUAAUAUGACACUACAAAAUUAUUUAUUGCAAAAUCAUUUUACACAACAUAUAUGUAAACAAUGUCUAAACACAUUUUAUGAUGAAAAGGAAAUCUCCCUUUUUUACCAACUAAAUGAAAUUGCAAAUAAUUUCAUUGAUCAAAUGUGUAUUCCUACAAGUCGUAAUAAUAUAUCAUCAAAUGGACGGUCCUCCAAGAAAAGGUUGGGGGGAGAUAGCAAUAAUGAUAAUGUAGCUACUACUUCUAAAAAUAGAGAAGGUUCUGAAAAAAAUCAAGACCAAAUAAAUACAAAUAAAAUACAACCAGAAAUAAAGAAAAGUAGAAAAGGAUCAAGAAGAAAUAGCAAAAAUAGAGCAAAUACACAAAAUGUUACAUCACGGGAUAUACACAAAAUGAAUGAAGAAAACAAAAAAACAAACAACGAAGUAUCCAAAUCUGAAAAAUAUAAUAAUCAUAAUAAAAAUAACAAGAAAUCUCAGGGGGAUAAAAAUAUGCAUGGACUUCAUAAAGAUAGAAAAAAAGAAGAUAACAUAAAAGAAAAAAAAAACUUAAAGGAGAGUAAGAAGGAAUAUACUUGUGAUUCUAUCAAAAAUGUCAAUAAUGAGAAAUCAAAUAUUUUAAAAGAAACCAAAUUAAUAAACAAAAAUAAUAAACUAAUUAAAAAUAAAGAGAAUAUACAAAAUGUACAAAAUGUACAAAAUGUACAAAAUGUACAAAAUAUACAAAAUGUACAAAAUGUACAAAAUGUACAAAAUGUACAAAAUAAUAAGGAAUAUUUUAUAAAAUCAAAUGACAUUAAUAUUAAUCAAAAUAUAUAUGGGGAUAAUAAACCAAUACAAAAAAAUAACCAUUCUAAUAUAAACGAAAUAUUACCUAACUUCUGUCUGAGUUACACAGAAAAUACAUCCUCGUUUUUUAAUCAACUUUGUAAUGUUGCAAUACGUAAUUCUUUACAUAAUCAAGCAAUGAAACAGAUAUCAUAUGAUAAUAGAACGAAUGAAGCGUUUUCUUGUGAACCAUUUAAUUUUUAUAUAAAUCAUAUGAAAAAUAUAAAAUAUUAUUUGUGCCCAGAAUGCAAAAAUAGAAAGGAAGAGUAUUACAAAUAUGAUAUAAAUGAUAAAAAGGGUACUAAGAUUUUUGAACAAAUAUAUAAUACUUAUGAAGAAUAUGAAAAAUAUAUAUCAAAUGAAAUAAGAAGAAUACGAUAUAAUUCUAUACCCAAAUAUUUAUGGUCUUCUGUUGGAAUUACUAAGGAUAAUGAAGAAGUGUUAGGUGUCGCUAUGCAAUUGAUUGAAGGAUGUACCUUAACAUAUAUUAUACAAAAGCUAAAAGGAACAGACAAUAUAAAUUAUGGAUACUUCUUAUUAGAUAUAGCUAAGAAAUUAGUAAAACAAUUAAAAAUAAUAUGUGAAACUAUACAUAAUCCAAUCAUUAAUUGGGAUACGAAACCAGGAAAUGUAAUGGUACAAUAUCAAAUGAAAAAUUCAAAACUUACAUGUAAAAAUGUUACUAUUAUUGAUAUUGGUGAUGCUUUACCAGGAAAAGCCUUUUAUUUCCCAACAAAUCCUUCUUACUAUGAAAAAAUUAAAAUGAACAAUUGCCAGAAAAAUUUUAAUAAUUUCUUAUAUUAUGUUAUAUGUACUAAAGGAUAUUGUUCACCUGAAUGUGCUCUUUUAGUUUUCUUAUUAUCUUCAUUAAAUAAAUCUGAUCAAUUUAGAAAAUCCUGGUAUGGUCAAGAUUCAAACAUUUUCCAUAUUAAUAAAACAAAACAUUUGAGAAUUAAAUAUAGAUGGAAAAAAUUAUUAGAACUCCGUUAUAUACAACCAAUAAUAAAAAAAAAUGAACCUUAUUUUUAUCUUCAUGAAAAUGUCAUAAAAGGAACUACCAGUAAAUGUGAAAAGUGUCUUAAUCAUGAAUCCUUUGAUAAUUCAAGUAGUAUAAAUAAUAUAUCGGAUAACCAAAGAUCGUCCUUUUCUAAGAAUGAUGUAAAUAUGUAUAUGAAUUCUGGUACGCAAGAAGUUUACAAAGGUGUAGAAUGUAAUAUGGGAUACGAUACUAAUAUGAAUAAUGUGAAUAAUGUGAAUAAUGUAAAUAAUGUGAAUAAUUUAAAUAAUGCGAAUAAUGUGAAUAAUGUAAAUAAUGUAAAUAAUGUAAAUUAUUUGAGUAAUAUUCAAAAUGAAAUAAGUGCUGAUAAUUUAAUCCAUAUGAACAAUAAUAAUCUUAAUAAUAUUAUAACCGCUCAUAACCAAGGCACAGAUAUAAAAUAUGAUACAAAUAAAUCAUAUGGCAAUAGCACCAUUCCUCGCGAAAAUAGUUGCCCAAACUCUUCAAACGAAAACGUAAAUAAUUUAAUUAAUAAUAAUGAUAAUAAAGAUAGAAUAAAUAAAAAGAAUAGUAAUAGCACGAACAAUACUAAUAGUAGUAAUGAUAAUCUAAGUAAUUAUAAUAAGAAAGAAAAAAAACUUCUAAAUGAAGAUAUAGAUGAUGCCUUAGAAAAUUAUUAUUUAUAUAAUGUAUGCACACAUGAUAUUAAAGACGAAGGAGAAAAUGAACAUUAUUCUGAUAGUGAAGAAAUAAAACAAUAUUUUUCUGAAAAAGAUAAAAUAAUAAAAGAUAUAGAAAAUAAUUAUAAUGAUGAAAAAAAGAAAAAGAAAAAAAAAGAAUAUGACGGAUAUAAAUUACAUAAUAUAGAUACAUGGAUCAUUAAAUUUACAUCGAAAACAACCAUAUUUAGUGUUGGUCUAGUAUUAUGUCAAUUAUUUGGUGGACAUAAUUUAUUAAAUAUUGUUAAUAAAAAUGAAGUUAAAGUAGUUGAUGUUCUAUGUGAAUGGAAUUGUAAAAAUAGUUCAAAUAUUUAUUCAGAAGAUCCAAAUAUUACUAUAGAUGAUUUAUUACCAAACAAAGGGAUCUUUUCUAAUGAUAUGUGGAAAAGUAAAAUUAAAGUUAUCAUAGAAAAAUGUCUACAAUUUAUACCUUCGAGAAGAUGUACAUUUAAAGAAUUAUAUGAAGAUAUUAAAAAAUUCCAAGAAGAUUAUGAGGCAUAUUAUAAUAUUAACGCUAGCGAAUCCACCACAACACAAUAG